CGAGUCAAUCAACCACAGUAAUUUACGGCCCAUGGCAACAAACGUGAGGUUGGGGUUUUGUUUACUCGCGUGGGGGGCGAACAGUUACGGGCAGCAUGGACGUGGAGAUGAGGAGGACCAGGCAGUCCCACGGCUCUCAAACAUGGCUCCCCUCCGAGGAAAGGAGGUCCAGACCGUCAGUGGUGGCGGGGGACACACCGUGGUUAUCACUGAUGACGGAGAGGCGUUUGCAUGUGGGCUAAAUGACAGAGGCCAGCUGGGACUUGGCCACACUGCCAACUGCUCAACACUUCAACGUUGCUCGGGCCUCAAUCAGAGAGUCACAAAUGUUGCCUGCGGAUGGGAUUUUACUCUUCUUCUCACUGAUUGUGGUAGAUUGUUAGCCUGUGGCUCCAAUGUUUUCGGACAACUGGGUGUUGGUGACACGACGACACAUCAUGAAGAGCUGGUGCUGGUUGAGAGUCUAACAGAGCGUGUGGUCAGUGUAGCAGCAGGCCUCAGGCACGCGCUUGUCGUCACAGACUCCAGAUGUGUCUACCAGUGGGGGACAGGUCUUUUUAAUCUUGCCAAGAGAGCACUCAGUCUGAACCCUGUUCCACCCCACCUUAAUUCCAAGGUUCCUUCACUUGUACCAGGUAUGGAUCAGAAGGGGGCGCACAUCGUUACUGCAGGCUCAGCUCACUGUGUGUGCCUUACAGGAGAUGGUGAUUUGUUUCUGUGGGGAAGCAACAAACAUGGCCAACUCACUGCCACAGAGUCUUUCCUGUCCACUCCCACUCAGCUGAAGCGCUCACUAUUGGGUGGAGAGAAAAUUGUUAAAGUGCGGAGCGGCUGGACUCACGUUAUUGCCCAAACAGAGAGUGGUAGAGUCUUCACAUGGGGCAGAGGUAAUUAUGGACAACUGGGCCGUCCUUUGACAAGGGCUCUAAAAAGUGAGCGUCAGUCUGCAGAUGGUGGAAGUCAAGCUUACGUCCCCGCAGAGGUGAAAAGCCUCUGUGAAGCUACACAGAUUGCAUGUGGAUCUGAGCAUAACCUCGCCAUUGUUGGGGGGCGUCUGCUUUCCUGGGGCUGGAACGAGCACGGAACAAGCGGAGACGGUUCACUGGCCGACGUUUUUGAGCCACAGCUCGUUCUCGGUGUCAAGCCUCUUCUCAUUGGCUGCGGGGCCGGACACUCAAUGGUGGUGUGCGCAGGGAAGACGUGCUAAGACCACUGAUAAACUCUGCACAUAUUGGAGACAGCGCAUGUCUAAUACUAGACCUGAAUUCCUGAAAUUGUAUUAUUUUCUGAACGAACUGACUCAAUAGGUUUUGGAAAUAUGCAGCAACUUUCACCUUCCUAUUGACAAGGGUAGUUAUGUGCGUGCGUCAUAAAUAUCUGGAUGUGUGUGGUCAUGACUUAUGUCUGGUGUGGACAGGGGCCAAUAAUUUCUCUGGCCUGCCCGUCACUUUAACAGCCAUGAUGGUGGGCGAUGUCUUUACAGGACAUGGUCAUUCCUACCCUUCCCACCAUGUUGUCCCUCCUGAAUGAAUGAAGACGUUAAGACUAAUGUGGGGGAUGGGCCCGGCCGCCGCAUCAAGUCCAUCUUCCCAUGUCAGCGUUUUUAUUGCUGUAAUCUUGAACGUUGGGAGGUGCUGAUGCUCAUACUUUAUAGCCGCCAUUUGUGUCACCGGGUGAUUUACUUAUUGCACAGAAAUAUUCCUGUACCAAAACUUGCGUCACAUGAACUUAAUGGGAAAUUUUGCCUGUCAAUCCCCAUCACUUUGUGAGACAAGCACACAACACUUUUUUAUGCAGUCUAAAUCGUAAAUAAAUGCUAGCAAGAGGCAGCUAAGAAAAUAGUUAAUGGAGAUUCGAUCUAUUCCGCCUAUAACAGCCUCCAACAUUUUAUAUACAUGCUGUAAGUAUAUACUGUAUGUAAUUUAGUAACAUGCACAUUUAUUAUAAUAUUUUAUGUUUAAGUAUUUUUGUAAGUUUAAUCAUUGUCAGAACUUUUAUGGGCCCAUUGAUUUCACAGAGCGCAUCGUAACGUUCACUAUUUCAACAAUAAUUCAUGGUGGAAAUCAUUAGAGACAGCGAUGACAACUUUGGGACAAAUGAUGAUACAUAACCCUAUAUUUUUGAGUCCGAAUAUACGGAGUAUGAGCCACAAGUUUUAGAAACUGUGCUUAACAGAUCCUGCGUCGUGUUAAACAAGAAAUACAAACUACGAACAUAAUACAACAAUCACUUAUUGUACAAUGUCCGCUCUAACUAGGAUGCUGACUGAUGGGAUGUUUAUAUGAUUCAGCACAAGACUUAUUUUCCCCAUUUAGAUAAAUUCAUCAUGAUCCUCCAAAAAAAGAGGCAGCAAACGAGCAUACUAUCCCAUCUUCCUUGCAAUGUUUUUGGGUAGAGGUUACAUUUCAAAUUUGACCAACUUCUUGGCUUAUACCCACAGGGUCUAGCAUACAGGUGAGAGGCAUGACUUAUGAUUUAUUGCACACUUUUACCAACUCAGGGGUGAUGCAGCCCAUCUGCUCAGUAGGUAAGAGCUGCAGUAGCUAGUUACCGUCAUCAACAAGGCGCCGUGUUACUAAAAUAGUCCCUCUGCGUUAGCUCUUACAAUACCACUGUCGCUUAGGCUUGGUUAAUUGGGUCAUGGCAUGUAAAUUGAGUAUAGUUGGUGUUUUUUUAGAGGGCUUUUUAGGUGAAAUAGAUCAUUCCUAUUGUUAGGCGUCUAGUACUGGCCAUAUUUUCGAUUUUAGACUGCAUAAAAAGAGGAAAAUGUGUGUUGUUGUCUCAAAUAAAGAUUGUGCAUGAAAGGCAAAAUAAAAACAAGUGCAAUUUCCCUUUAAAGAUUUGCCAUAUCAGCACCAUCUUGCAUAUUUAUAAGCUGUGCAGGCAUCUGCAGUGCACUACCUGGAAACCACACAGGUCAAGGCCACGGCAGGAUCAGCAUGGCUCAUAAAUAAUGCUUGAAUUAUGGUUACUUUAUUUAUAUCUUUUUUUAAAUUUAAUAACACUCAGCAAAUUAAAUAUGCUUUAUAUCUCAAAUGCACAAAUGUUUUUUUAAUUAAAAAUGUUUUUAAAGAAAACAAAAACCCUUCUGACAAUGAUCAUUUGUGUUUGUUUGUUAAAUUUUAUUUAACACUGUUUAUCACACAGGUCUCAACUGUAUUGUUUAGAGAAGACACCAAAAAUUCCCUAACUAACAACUGAUGAAAACUACCACUGAACACCCAACUAAGAGAACUAGCCAAACAAAACACAUCAGUGUUCAAAACACACUAUGUGUGCGCGCACACACACACACACUCAAUUCUCACUAAAAGUCACACUUUAGUUGCGUCUUCCAUAUAAUGACUGUUAAAUGAGUUUGUUUAAUAAUAAUAUUGUUACAAUGACCAGAACCCGGUUCCCAGUGGUUGGUUGGCAGUGUGUUUGCAGUUGUUUGUUAAAAAGUUGGUCCCUUUUACACUAACUUUUCCACACAAACAAUGGAAGCUGCACUUUGAACAUGUCUGUAAUGGUUGUUAUCUACUAAUUACAGUGCUCAUUACUGCCUUUCCUUGUUGAACCACACUGGGAUUCUUGUAUAUUGAAUGGAAAAUCACCAUCUCGUAAAAUGCCAGCAGUUUACGUAAAAUAAAAUUACAUUUGCAUUGCAAUUUUUUACUUUUAAUUACUACAUACCUUCUAUUUAACUACUUAAAAAAAGAUAAAUAUGUUUCACUGAAAGUACACCAUUGGGUGGCAGUGUCAUUUUUGGGCCAUUUAUCCAACUCAAUUGAAUAAAGUUGAUAUUGUUCUUUGGAAUGUUUAAUUCUAGUAAAACAUAUAAGAUGGUAUAUGUGGUGUUCCCCUCAAAAUUGAACAGUUUUAGCGCAUUCUUGUAAAGAUAAAGCUAUUACCAAGUCAAAAAAUGACUCUUAACUAUAAAUACCUGUAAAACCUUUGAAAAUGAACUGUCUAGGGUACACUUGAGGUAGAGACUAUUUUGCACUAUAUGGUGGUUAACUUCUUUUUACACUUAUUGCACUCUUCUUAUCAGAAUAAAGAGGUCAUUUUCCGUAUCUAUAAAUUCUAAGUCAACAAACAUCGACAAUUGAAUUGCGUUAAACCUUUACGGUUCCAUCCAUACAUCUAUUUUCUACCCCUUGUCACCUUUCGGGGUCGCGUGGGGUGCUGAAGCCUAGCUCAGUUGCACUCGGGAAGUCGCCACUUAAUCGCAGGGCCAACACAGAUUCCUCUAUCAAUAAAAAAACUGUCAGAUUUUUUUACA